AUGUCAGACUUGUCUUCUUUGUUAGAAAAGGAAGAAAUUUCCUGGCCAAACGAAUUUAAACCUGUGGAACUUGUACCUGGCUCAAAUCAAAUCGGUGAUUGCUGGAAAGUGGCUUGCUUUACCCAUAAACUUGUAAAGUCUCUUGAGGAAGAGCUUAAAAAGAGGAGAAGACAACUAGAUACCUUUGAAUACCGGUACGAGGAAUUGAACCAGCAACUAGGGCCAGAACUAACAGAUGAUGAGGCUUACGAAUCAUAUGAUUAUGAUCUUGAGGGUGAAAUUGGUCGGAUUGAUAUGUUCAUAACAAAGCUUCGAGAUAGGAUACAGGAGGUAUUUUUGAUUCGUUACUUUAUUUUUCAGAUUGAAUCACAACUGACCAAACUUCGGAACAAAUAUGAUUCAGGAUCAGAUAGAGACAGUGACACCACCGACGCCAGUGAUGACAAGGGUGAUAACAAAGAUAAACAAGAAUUCUUCAACUGUUAUGCAAAAUUGAUUCUAAACCCAUUUGUGAUUCGUGAUAACAGCUGUAUCAACGAGAAACAUCAGUCCACAACGGUAGAAUAUCAACUUAACUCUAUUCUGAAGGAGGUUGAGAAAAUUAGAGAUUCACUGGAAAGUUUCUCCCACAAAACAUCCAAUAAGGGUGCAGUCAUGAAGAUUCUUAGUAUAGAAAAGGUCCUGAGAAAAAGAGAACCUUUCACUGAUACUUGGGUAGUUCUGUAUGCUACAAAGGAGAUGACUAAUGGGUCAGUUGGUAGUUAUUUGAAGGCCCUCCCAAAUAGGGAUAAUGUUUAUCAAUUACAAGACUCGCUUCUUUAUCUCAAUUUAAAGGAACAAAUAUCAUUAAUGAAACACAUGCAAAAACAUGGAAUCGCUCAUAAUAAUAUUAAACCAAACAAUGUGUUAAUAUCUAAAAAUGGCCUUAAUCUUCUAUUGACGGAUUUUUGUCCGGAAACAUUAUUCAUUGAGAGGUGUUAUAAAAUCAGUCAAGGGAAGCUUACACAUUCCAAUUUUACAUCACCUGAGCUUCUCCUAUUACUUACAAAUGAGGUUCCUUACCACAAUGUAAAUGAAUCGAAUAAGUUGAUGGAGGAAAUAAACUCUAGGUUUGGGAAUUACGAUUUCCCAGAGAAAAUUAAGCCUUUCAUGCACAGAAGUGAUGUUUUCUCCCUGGGUUUGAUUUAUUAUCACCUUUUAACCCUAAAAAUUCCUUCGGAACAGCAAUUGGUUUAUGAUGAUAUAAUUAGUGACCUUAAGGAGAUGUUGGAAAAAAGAAAUCCAGGUAUGAUAGAACUUUACGAAAUACGAAACUCAGACCUUAUAAACUUGGUGAUGAGAAUGUUGUUGUUUGAUCCAUUCAGGAGAGGAACAUGGGAGGAACUUCUGGUAUCGAGCGAUAAGAAAAAGAAAAGUAAAUCAAGAUAA